AUGGCCAAAGAACGAGCCUCAGGGGAGCUUUAUACGACAUUCGAGAUGACAGCCGAGCACACCCAGACCGAUAUGCCUGAGGAAAUCGAGAUAACUCCAAAAAAGAAUUUCGGCUUGCUUACUGCCAUGGGCGUACAGUACUCAGUUACCGGUGCGCCCAUAGCAAUUGGCACCUAUCUAUCAUUGGCAAUUGGACUGGGUGGCUCGCCCGCUUACUUCUGGGGCUUCUAA